ACAAAAAUACAUACAUAUAUAUAUAUAUAUAUAUAUAUUAAUUUGGAGCUAAAUUAAGAAAUAGAAAUCUGGAUUUCAGUUCCAAAAAUGGCUUCAAAUCGAUUUGUGAUGGUUGCCAUAUUUGCAGUGAUUGUCCUUCCUACGAUUGCCAUGGCAACUGAAUACAUCGUUGGAGAUGGAAAAGGGUGGACCAACGACGGUAGUGUUGAUUACGAAGCUUGGGCAAAAGGCAAAAUGUUUAAUGUUGGUGACCUAUUAGUAUUCAAGUACGACGCUGCUAAACACAAUGUCGUUAAAGUCAACGGUACUGCCUUCAAGGACUGCGUUAACCCGCCUGGAUCAGAGGUGUCGACUUCAGGAAACGACAUUAUAACGCUUAAAACGGCAGGAAACAAAUGGUACCUUUGUGGUAAACCAAAUCACUGCAAUCAGGGCCAGAAGCUUAGCAUUUCUGUCAUGGACAUGAGCGCACCUGAACCUUCCCCUAGUGCUGCUCAUGGGAUCAUUUUCUCUGGAUUAUUCCAAGCGUUCACGGCAGUCUUUGCUCUUUUCAUGGCAUUUAAUUAGUGUUUAUUUGAUUCAGUACUAUGAAAUAACUAUUUUGUGUGGGGGUUUCUUAUUAUAGAUGUUCCGUUAAUAAUGAGCGAUCUGGU